GAUCACCGGUAGUCAUAGUGGGCGUCCCGGAAGCCUUUUUUACGCUUUGCUUAGUAUAGGGGGUCGUUGAGGAGACCUGUUUGGGGCGACUGUGGAUUUGCACAGUCCUGUAGUCCUCUCUGGACGACACCUAGACGUAGGAAGGUAUCUUCAGGAGGACAUCUAGACACAUGAGAUGCACAAAAUGGAGCCAGUGACCUUUGAGGAUGUGGCUGUGAACUUCACCUCAGGAGAGUGGGCUUUGUUAGAUUCCAGUCAAAAGAAGCUCUACAGAGAUGUAAUGAAGGAGACAUUUUUGAACCUUAUGUCCAUAGAAAAAGGACUAGAACAAAAUAUUGAAGAGCACUACAAAGAUUUCUGCAGAAAUCUGAGAACUCAGUUGGUUGAGAAAGAUGGGGGAUAUGAAUAUAAUAGUCAGUGUGAUGACAAUCUUCAAACAAUUUCAAAGAAUAUGGUUAAUGAAGACAUGCCUCCUGCAAUAGGAAAUGAAAGCAAGUUGCAUGUAAGAAACAUCAUUGAUCAUUCAUCCUCACUUGUGUAUCUCAGAAACCAAACUAGAGGGAAACCAUCACAAUGUAAAGAAGCUUCUAGACAUCAGAAACAUUGGAAAAAUGUCAGUCACUCUGAAUCACUUCAGGUACAUGAAACUUUUCCUAGAGAGAAAUCUUAUAAGAAUCAGCAAUGUAGGGAAGGCUCUAGGAGCCUCUCUUCUAAUCAGCCUCACAAGAGAACACAAUGUGGAGAUAAGCUCAAUGGGAAAAUAUUUAACAGACAUACAUAUAGCUCAAAAGAUGAUGGAAUCCAUACAGAAGUGAAAUCAUUUGUUCAUAACCACAAUGAAGAAGCCUUCAAUGAUUCCAGUGACCUAAUCAUCCCUGAAAAAAGUCAUAUUGGAGAGAAAAAAUACAUUUGUAAGCAAUGUGGGAAAACAUUUAAAUAUGCUUCCUGUUUUGAGAAACAUAAAAUAACUCACACUGGAGAGAAACCUUAUGCAUGUAAGCACUGUGGAAAAACCUUCACCAGUUCUAGUUGGUGCAACACUCAUGAGAGGGGUCAUAAUGGAGAAAAGCCUUACAUGUGUAAGCACUGUGGCAAAACCUUCAGAAGUUCCAGUUAUUGUAACAUUCAUGAAAGAAUUCACACUGGAGAGAAACCUUAUGCGUGUAAGCACUGUGGGAAAACCUUUGCCAUUUUGAGGUCUCGUAACAGUCAUGAGAAAAAUCACACUGGAGAGAAGAUGCAUGCAUGUAAGUGUUGUGGAAAAAACUUCAACAGUCCCACUUCUUGUAGCAUUCAUGAAAGAAUUCACACUGGAGAGAAACCUUAUACAUGUAAGCACUGUGGCAAAACCUUUGCCAGUUUGACUGGGUGUAUCACUCAUGAAAGAAAUCACACUGGAGAGAAGCCUUACACAUGUAAGCAUUGUGGGAAAGCCUUCAACAAUUCUAGUUAUCGUAAUGUGCAUGAAAGAAUUCAUACUGGAGAGAAACCUUAUGCAUGCAAGCACUGUGGCAAAACCUUUGUCAUUUUGGGUUCUCUUAUCACUCAUGAAAGAAGUCACACUGGAGAGAAGCCUUUCACAUGUCAGCAUUGUGGAAAAUCCUUCUCACAAGCCAGUUAUCGGAACAUUCAUGAAAGAAUUCACACUGGAGAGCAACCUUAUGAAUGUAAGUACUGUGGCAAAACUUUUGCCAUUUCGAGUUCUCGUAAUACUCAUGAGAAAAUUCACACCGGAGAGAAGCCUUAUACAUGUAAGCAUUGUGGAAAAGCCUUCAUCAGUUCUAUUUGGUGUAAUGCUCAUGAAAGGAGUCACACUGGAGAGAAACCAUAUGCAUGUAAGCACUGUGGGAAAAUGUUUGCUAUUUUGAGUUCACGUAAUACUCAUGAAAAACUUCACACUGGAGAGAAGCCGUAUACAUGUAAGCAUUGUGGCAAAGCCUUCACGAGUUCUGGUUAUCGUAACAAGCAUGAAAGGGGUCACACUGGAGAGAAGCCUUAAACAUGUUAACAUUGUAGUGAAACCUUUGCCAUUUCAGUUGGUGUGACACUCAUGAAAGAAUUUACACUGGAGAGAAGCCUUAUGCAUGUAAAAUUUGUGGAAAAUCCUUCAUCAGUUCCUCUGACUGUAAUACUCACGAAAGAAUUCAGACUGGAGAGAAAGUCUUUCCAUGUAAUGUGUGUUGAAACUGGUCCUUCAGCCUUCUGAUCAUACCAGGCAAAAAAGAAUUCACUCAAGAAUGAAGACUUAUGCACUUAUGAAAAAGUUUUUUCUUGCUCUAGUUAUUUUGACUUUCGUAAGAGGUGUCACUUUGAACAGUUGUUUUAUAUUUGUAAGUAUGAUGGAAAGCUCUUCUUGGUAAUUAGAUUUAUGUGACUAGGCAUUUUCUGGCUGUCAUUUGUGUAGGCUGUCCCAUGUGUCCCCCCCCCCAAAGUUUUACAGUUUCUCUCAGUCUGUUUUAUUUGUGUUUAUAUAUGCCCUUGCAUAUAUGUGCCUGGGGUCAGAAGGGGGUGUGGGACGCCCCAGGAACUGGAGUUAGAAGCAGUUGUAAGCUGAGUGAGCUCAGUAUUAGGAUUCAAACUGCGGUACUCUGGAGGAGCAGUAUGUGCUUUCAGCCCUUACACAAUCUCAUCAGCAGCUACAUUCAUGGAACUUCUGCAGUUUGUAUUUCUCAAUGUUCUUUAAGUAAAGAAUUGGAGUUUUCUUUUUCAGA